CAACAAGUCUCAGCAAGAAAAUAAAAACUUUAACUUCAGUCUGGUUCUGAAACUCAGACCGUGUUGGAUCUAAUCGUGUUACCAUUUGACUCGCAUACUCAAAUAUAGUGUCUUGCAAUGCUUUACUGCUCACUUGAGGAUGGAUAGUGGAGAAGAGAGAGAUGUUAGUCAGGCACCUGGUGAUGAAGAUGGUGGUGACAGUAGCUCAGCAUUUCCAGAACAGGAUGGUGACACUGCAGCACUUGACGGUCAAGUGCAAGCAGGAGAGGAUGCUGAAACAGAUGAAAAUGUUGCUGCUUUAGAUCGCUGUAGUGAAGCGGAUAAUGCACAAGAAGGUGAUGACAAAGAUGCGCACAGAGCUGACUCUCACAAGUUACUCAGGACUGACUUAGACAGCAGCGAAGAGGAGCUCACAGAAUUGAGUCCUUUACGAGAUGGUGGUGGAGAUAGAAUUCAUACCCCUCUCAUGACUUAUCAGCUUUUUUUGGAAGAGGACGAUGCUGAGAAACAUGAAGAUAUUGAUGUAGGGGAUAAAGAUUCAGAAGCAGACGGCUCUGUAGGACAGGAAGGUCUAGAACAUCAUAUAGAGGUACAUCAAGAGAGAGAGGAAGUAGAGCAAGAAGGUGUACCACCCCCUGCAGAGAGUCAAUUGCUGAGUAUUGUUGAUAACGAAAGAAAAGAUGAAAAAAGCGAGGAUUACAAAGACAACCAAGAAGACAAAGGCAUGCCAAUGUCUGAUGAUUUACCAGGCUUUCCUGCUUCACCGGGCUUUGCUGUGGACAUAAAAAGCCCCCUUGUACUUCUUGGUCACGAAGGAAAUGAUCUUGAGUUUGAGAAAUACGGCAAACAAGACAAUGAUUCACAGAACAGUGCAUCAGAUGGAUUAGAGCAGCCAGUCACUAUUGCACAGAAUGUGUUAUUAGAUGUUUUGGAGAAGGUUCUAGCAAGUGAAAAUAAUAAUGUGGAGAGUGGAGAAGAGGAACAUCUUGGGGGAAGAAAGUCAUUGUCAAGCAGCGAAAGUCCACUCCAGUACCCUGAACUAGAAAAAGUGCAGUUGUGCAGUGAUGACAGUGAGUAUGAUUUUGAGCAGUAUAGGGUGCACAGUGUACCAAAACAGUCUGUACAUGACAAAGAUGGUCUUGAAGGACAAGAGCUUACUGGUGACUUUCAGGAAGACAGAAAAUUGGAAGUGGAUCAGUUGUGGGCUUAUGAUUCCGAAGAUCACAAGAGCGAUGAUUCUGUACCCUUGGGUAUGCGUGUAGCAGGCUCUGAUGUUGAGGAGGAGGAGGAGUUGAAAGGAGAGUCAAGAGUGGUCUACCCUGUGAAUGAGAUGGCAGGUGCCCAGGGUGGUGAUGCUUGUCAAGCCCAAGGUAAGAUCGCUGACCACGAGGCUAAAAGCACAGGUGGACUACAGGUAGUAAACAUGGAUUCUCCAAAACCUGAGUAUCCACUAAAUUACGACAACUAUAAAGUGUGCAGGGUGUUGUCUCCAGGGGUCAAAGAGUGCCUUAUUCUGGAGACGGGCGAGCAUGUGAUAUGUAGGAACAGGGGAACACCCAAGAAUCCUCCUGGAACUGGCGAUACAGGUUCAGCACAUACAGGUAGUGGGUCCAGCUCUGUUGGCAGAUUCAGCCGAGAGGGAGUUAGAAGGAAAAUGUUUGCAGAUAAUGAUACAAAAGGGACAACACCUAAAAGAGUGCCAGCUGUCUCUGAUCAUCUAUCUAGUCAGGAGAAUCUCACAUUGCCAGUCAAUCAUAUUUCUCAGCAGCCAGCUAAGCUCCAUUCUGUUAUUCACAGCAAAGGACAGCCCGAUGAUAGAAAGAGUUUUGAUGGGUCCUAUCUUCAGAGACCUCGCAUUGGUGAGGAAUCAGUAAGCCUGGAGCUCAGAGCUUCAAACAGUUUUUCUGGGGACAGGUUAAGUUGUGCCACCAGGGAGAUGGUGUCACAGAGACAAAAUGAUAUGACCCACAGACUGAGCAGGCACCAGGAAAAUUUUGUGCAAGAUUUUGAUGGCAGAAGACGAGAUGGUGGUGGUGGUGCCAGCCUUGAGGGUUCUGGCUUAUCCUUUCUGUCAGGUUCGACAAAUGCUAGUGGAUCAGUGCCUAAUCCAGGAGUCAUUCCAAACUUUAAGACUUUGCAAGACCAGCAGCUGAGUUGGCUAGCCAUGUACAGACUGCUUGAGGACCAGCACCGUGGAGAGCUACAGGCCCAGCAUGCGGAGCACCAGCGCAUGAUCAACAGAAUGCAGCAGCAUCUCGAGAAAGAGCUGACGCGACAGCAGCAAACUAUGAAAGACAAGCUGCAUGCUCAUAAAGAGGUACUGUCAGAGCUGCAUUCACCAAAGGAGGUCAGGACCUUGCCAAGAGGUUCUGACCAAAGCUGGGAUAGUGCCAGAGUUGGCCGAAUGCGCUAUCAAGACAUGCUGGAGGAGGAAUACGAUUCAGGGGAGCAUUACUCCAAACUCUCCAGCAGCCAGAUGCGACAGGAGCGUAGCUGGAGUGCUAACCAUUUGAGUAGCCAAAUGAAGAUGGAAACCACCUCAAGUAGUGGACGAACCCCAGAUAAUCUUGAACUUUCAGGGACCUCGUCCUUGCAGCACAUCCCACUUGCCUCACUGGAAACGAGACCAAGGGCAAAGUCUGUGAAAGAAAGUCAUUCAGUCUCUGAAGUUGGAUGGGAUAAACAACUCCGUGGAGGUGUUUACAGUACCCCAAUGCCAAUCAGCAGGAUCAAAAGUACAAGUUCUGCCAGUGGGUUGAGCCUAACAGGUAGUGUGGGAGAAAGCUGUGCUGUUGAUGAGACCAUUAGGAGCAGUGAGCGCUGGCCUCGAGAACCCAUUGACUCUAGGACACAUGUUGAAGGUCCAAGGCACAGCAGGGAGGUGUCUUUCCAUGACAAUGAUCAAUUGUCACCAAGGUCACAAUUGUCUUUGCGUGAAAAGCAUGCCAAGCAUUUAGCUGAUCUUAGAGCUUAUUAUGAGGCGGAGCUCAAGGAUUUGCGAGAGAAACUAAGCUUAGUUACAGAUGGGCAGAGAAUCUUUGCUACGUCUACACAAAUGGAGAGUGUGGAGGAGCGAAUUCUCAGGGAGGAGAACCACACACUACGACAGCAUUGUCAGGAUUUACAAGAUGUCCUGGAUGAUGCCAACAUUCAAAAUAGGGAGCUGCAGCAGAAGCUUCAGGGCCUUGAGAUCAGAGCUGCAGACUAUGCAGAACGAUACGAGGAGUCUCAAGAGAACGUCUUAAAGCUGAAAAAUCGCCUGGAAGAAUUACAUGCCUAUGCCAAAGAAAGGGAAGCAAUGCUCGAGGAAUCUCAGGCCAACGAACACAAACAAGCACUUAUAAUUCAAGAUCUGUAUAAGGUACAAGAGGAACAAGCUGAAAGCAUGCGAAGGGAUAAGGCUGCUUUGAACAGACUUCUUGACAAGUAUGAGAAGAUGGAGAAAGAAUACAAUGCCCUCAAGGAAACCACUGCAGACCUUGACAAAAAGUUGUAUGAAACACGAAGUGAAACUGUGGAUCUGAACAAAUUGAUCUCACGGCUGGAACUGGAGAACAAACGUCUACAACGGGACAAUGAUAACCUCAGGCAAAGGCUUAGUGUCAGCAGCAGCUUUUCAAUAAUGGGCCGUGAACCACAAGAUGUGUCCGAACCAUCUGCUGACCGAUCUUCAAGUCAUCUGGCAAACAGCACAGGUAGCUUGCCAUCUAGUUCUCACCAGAACACCUCGGCUGAUAAGAAGACAACAAGUUUGAGAACACCUGAAAGAGCUAUGCCCAGGGUCAUUCAAUCGGAUAGGAGCUGUGAUGGUGACUCGUCAUCCUCACCCUUGCUUAGGGCUGAAAUGGAGUUGCGUCGUCUUCAAGAAAACCUGUCUCGCUCAGACUUUGCCCCGAAGCUGCAGCCCAAGAAGUACAGCUCCACAGAGUCUCUAGUAGCACAAAAUGGCUACUCCAAAGUCACUAUCAUUGACACUUUAAAAUCGCCCCAGAGAGCAUCAAACCCGACACCUGCAUCCAUAACAACUUCACAGAAACCUAAGAGCAAAAAGAGUUCUAGUACUGCUUCAUUACAGGCAGCUAGAGAUCUGUCAGUACAAAAUGGGGAUGCAAGUCCCCAAAAGUCAACCAUGCAGAAUUUACGACCAAACACUUCUUCUUAUCCUACUGCUCUUUCUUCACCAACUCGGUUUGAUGUGGGAGUGAGGCCAGAAGUUUCUCAGCCAUCUUCAUCCAAGGAAAAAAAUACAUCUAUAAGGGAAAAGGAAUAUUCAAAGGAGAGAAGUGUAUCACAUGGUUCUCUGAUAGAGGGUACUAAAUCAGUGGACACCAUGUUGGAUCGUAUCCGCACUGGAGAAAUUGUGUCACGACCACAGUGGGAAGAUGUGUACACAUCACUGGCCAGACCAAGACAAACAGACGGAUCUUCUCUGACCAAGACCCAAGAGGAAAUGUUACGGGAACGGCUCAGGACCAUAGAGGAGAUGGAGCGACAUUAUGAUGAGCUUCAGGUAGAGAAACGAAAGCUGGAGUCAAUGUUGAACAAAGUCCCAUCCCAUGGUCGAGUAGACCGAAAGUCCAGACAAAAUAAGGAGGAACUUGAGAACAGGCUGGACAAAGUUGACCGAGAGCUUGGUUCUCUCCGCAUGACUCUCAAACGCUUCCAGGUCCUCAAGUCCACAGUGUAACACUUUGCUGAUUGUAGAGUGACAGCAGUUUCCAUGGCAGCACAUAUUGUUUUGAUAAAAGUGACAUAAACUACCCCUUUCAUAUGGAGGAGAGGCGAGGCUGAUUUUUAGGCUCUCACUCAUGUAGGGUGGUUAAUACUGACCAUUAUGUCUGCUCUCACCUUGUGCCAUAACAAUAGCAAACUUUCCAAGAUUCUGGGGAAGGGUACCUUUCAAAGAUGAUGUUGGUUGCAUGACGGCAAAUUCAUGGUAUAGCUGACUCUUGUUACUGUUUAAGCAAACCUUUUUGUAGCAUGGUAAUUUUUUUUAUUAAUUCAGAGUAUUACACUGACUUCUCUGUAAUAUGGUUCUGAGUUCUCUUUGUGUCGUCUGUGUUCAUCUUUUGUUACUUGUGUACAUAGUUUUCUCUUUCCGUCACUUGUAUUCUGUCCAUGUCUCCUACUUCAGCUGAGAGCAUGUUCCUUCAUCAGCAUGAGUAUGUGCUUUAUAAUCAUGUUUCUUAUCGUUAUAUUGCUUAUCGUUUAAGAUGGUCUUUUGCCAGAAUAACCUUGCUGUCAAAUUGUCAGGAUGCUGUACUAAGUACACUCUUGCCUUUCAUGCCAUCUAGACAGACAAAAGAGGCAGGGACAGAAAAGGGAAAUGUGAAAGACAUGCAUGUCAGUGUUACUUUAUUUUUACUAUGAAAAUAUUUAAAAUUUGAGAUGCUUUUUUAAUUUUGAAACAUCUGUAAUAUGAAACUUUUUCAUAUUUUUAUGCAGAUCCCAUGUUAAAGUUCCUAUUUCCUACUUUUAUUUCAUGUCAUUGCACUUUAAAAAAAAUAGCAAUGCUCGUCUUACUUAUUAUAAAUGUGGUUUGUUUAUUGUAAUGUUCACGGGGCAUUGUAAAGUUAAGCCAGAUUUACUGUCUAAAAUGUAAACUUUUUGCCUGUAUAUGACAAUAACAUUAUUUCUAGCUAA